GCGGCCAGGUAGAGGCUCGAGGAAGAGUACAAAAUAAACUGAACACCAACUCAACCCAAACAUGAGGAUUUAUUUGAAAGCUUCCUGGUUUUUGAUUUUGGGAUUAAUACAUCCUAUCAAUAUGUCGUUUCCUGGCCCUCCAGAAGACUUGGAGGGAUCAGGAUAUGACUUGGACAAUUCUGGCUCUGGUUCAGGAGAUUGGUCAGAACAAAGUGAAAUUAAAAACACCAACAGCAAAGAUAUCCACAUGUUAGCAGCAGGAGGUGGAACCCAGACUAACUUUGAUGGUACUUCAGACCUGAACGACAACAUGGGAUCAGAAUAUGUUCUUGUGGCAAGCAGCAAGAUCUUUUUGGAUAACAAAGAAAUCUUUGCUGCUGUUAUUGCAGGAGGACUGAUAGGAGUGGUUCUUGCAGCUGCAAUGGCUGCAAUAUUAAUCUAUACAUGGCAGAAGAAAGAUAAUGAAGGAUACGUCCUGGCCCAGCAGACGACUUCACGUGGAGAUUAUCACAGACCCAACAGGGAAGAAGUGAUUGUUUAACUUAACAUUUUAACACCAAUGUUUAUGUUUUAAAGGGAGGUUGCCAGGCAAAUGUAUACCUUGGGAGCGACUGUAAACGUGUUGUCUUCUCUUAAUGUUGGGGAUGAAUCGCUGACUAUCCCACCUAAUACAAAUGUAUCUGCAGUUGUUCAUUGAUAAUGUAUUUAUAUUUAUGAAGAAUUGUUUUUGUUUACUAUCUUAAAAAGAAUUGGGGAUUGCUUUGUUCUACACAGGGCCUAAGGUAAAGUUUUGCAACUAAUUUUAACUUGCUUUAUUUCUUUAUAAAUUAUGGAUUGUCAGCAGGUGUAUGAUCUUAUUUGGCAUUUUUUGUGUGUAAAGAAGAUCAUAGAUGUAGUAUGUGAUUAAUUAUCAACCAUGUAAAAUACACUUAGCUAUGUAAUUGUUUUAAGUGGCUGCUAUCUUUGCUUCCAUGCACACUUUUUUGUAGCUUUUACAUUUAAAAAAUACACUUUAUGGGACUGGCUUUAUGAAACUUAGCCAUUGUUAUUGUUGUAAGUAACACCACUGCUUUUAAUACUGUAACACUUCAGAAUGUAUGCUGUGAGCCUCUCCCCUCUGUUACUCCCAGGUGUAACAGGGCCUUUUAAGCUGCAUGCAGGACUAAUGACCUCAUUAUUAUAAAUUCCUGACUAGAGUCCUGGUUUAACCAGAAAUACUUGAUUAACUGUGUUAAAUAGGGAAACCUCAGCAUUAUCCCCCUUUACAGUGCGUUAAAUAAUCCAUGUGACAUGAGCAAUCUAGGGUGAACUCAUUGCAGGGUGCAUAAUAAAUGUAAAUAAUAAUACAAUUUGGUAAUAAUGAUGAGCUGCUAUGUAACUAUCUCGUAAUAUCAUCUAGACCCUAGAUAUUUACUAUUUUUGUAUUUGAUAAUUGUUGAUAAAAAAUAUCAAUCCUGAA